AGCUGCUUCUUUCUUCCUUCCCAAAAUAAAUUUCGGAGCACACAGCCGAGGUGUGUGGCCGUGUCCUGCUCCCGGCUGGCGCUGCCUCGGGAUGGGGCUGGGUAAGGCCAGGGCUCUGGAGCAGUGUCGUGCCCAUUGUUUUAAGGCAGAGACGCGCGCGAGCUGUUUCCAGUGAGGAGGAGGAGGAAGAGGAGAGCGCGGAGAUGCACCGAAGCUCGGGGGAUGUUUUGGUCCCGUGGGGAAGAGGAUGAGUUAGUGGGGUUUCCGUGGAAAACUUUCCGCCCGUCGGUGUAGUCGUGGCCGAGUGGUUAAGGCGAUGGACUAGAAAUCCAUUGGGGUCUCCCCGCGCAGGUUCGAAUCCUGCCGACUACGGACUGAGGCCGCUACUUUUUUCUCCGCGUUCCGGACAUUUUCCUCCCUCCCCCCGCUCCAUUUGCACCGGAGCCGCCGCCGCCGCCCGAUAUCCGGCAGGACCAGCCCCGGGAAGGGAGGCGGGACCUCCUCCCGCGGCCAUGGAACAGCGCGGCCCGGCACCCGCCGUGCUGGUCACCACCAGGCAAAUUCAGAAUACGCACACGGGGCUGGAUUUGUCAGUGCCAGAAUACCAGGAAAUCCGUGGGAAGAUGAUGUCUGGCCACGUGGAGUAUCACAUCGUCGUCGUCACACGACUGGCUGCCUUCAAAUCAGCAAAGCACAAGGCUGAAGAUGUAGUUCAGUUUAUGCACAUUUCAUUGCAGGUUUCCAAGAAGUACAGCGAGAUAGAGGAGCUCUACCAGAGGCUGACAGCACGAUAUCCACAGGCUUCUCUUCCACUCUUGCCUAGAAAAGUUCUCUUCGUGGGGGAAUCUGACAUCUGUGAACGAAGAGCUAUGUUCAAUGAUAUCAUGAAAUCCAUCUCGAAAGACGCGGAUCUAGCAACGAGUCCUGAGUUACUGGAGUUUUUAGGAACAAAAUCUUCCAGUGCCAUUGACUUCAAGGGUAAAAACGUGCCUGAUGACAAGGAUAAAGAAGAUGAAGAAAAUGAGGUGAUGGAUUUUUUCAAAGAGGAGAAGACACCUGACUUAAUCUCGCAGCUUUUAUCAGUGCAGAAUGUCAAAAAGGGGGAAGAAAAGGAAGAGGAAGAGGAGGAAGAAGAAGUUCUAGACCCCCUUGGUAUAAUCAGAACUAAAAAAGCAAAAAAGGCACCUGCUCCUCCAACCAAGGAAGAGAAACCCAAAUUAACCCUUUUUGAAGAGGAAGUGGAUCCAGAUGAAGGACUCUUUGGUCCAGAAGAAGAUUUCUCAUCAGUUGGUCCCAGAAAGAAGAUGAAAGAGAAUCUGAAAUUAUUUGAAGAUCCAGACCUUGGUGGGGUGGUGAGACUGGGUGACUCACUGCUGCUGCCAGAUGCCUGUGAGAACAGCAAGUAUGUGCUGAGCAGGGGUCCCGAGGAGGACACUGAGGAACUGCUGAGAGUUGCAGAUGAUUUUGAGAAACUCUUGGAAGUUUCCUCUAAACCAAAACCCAAGGUACCACCAAAACCACCACUGUCUCAGAAGCCAGCAGUUGCCCCCAGGAGCACCAAUUCAUCUUCACUGGCAAAGCCAAAUGAAAGCAGGAUUCAGACAAUGAAUGAAGUGGACAUUCUCCAGUAUAUCCAGGAAAAUAUGAACAACGAAGAUACCAGUCUUUUUUGAACAUAGGUGUUUUUAAAAUGUAAUGAUACCUUCUUGGCCCUAACUCAUGGUGAGCUCUAGUGACAGAAGGAAAAGCUGACCAGGUGUUUUUACUGUCGCAGUGCUUAUUUGUGUCCCAGGACGUAGAGAGCAGCAAGUUUGAGUAGAAGAACCUCAACAUGAGGUUUUCAAAACAGUGCAGCUGUGAUAUAAUGUUGCCUUAGUUUUUCAAGGGUUUGCAGGGAAUGUGGACAAGGAAGUAGCACUACAGAUUGUCUACUGCUGUUUUAGUUUCAACAUAUUACAGUUUUGGCCGGUUGAUUGAAAAUGGUAAGAAAGUUGUACAUAUGGCAGCUGUGAAUAAUGUCCAACAAAUGGUCUGAAGCAGGAUAGGAUACUGUUCCUGUAAUUUUUAGACAGUGUAUUUCAGCUCACUGGAAAGGCCAUUUUUCUUUUCUCCAGUGCAUUUUUGUAGCAGCCUUUUCUUGCCUGACUGGUAUCUCAGUAGUUUAUAACAGGAACUGUUGAGUAUAGGUAAUAGUUCCUCAGUAUUUCAGAGAAGCACUGAAAUCCCAGCUAAGCCUGACUACCUGCUGCCUUAGUUGCUGCACAAAUGCCAACUUGUAAGAGAACUUUAGGCCUGUGAACACCAGACUGUGCAUCUCUAUCUCCUGGGUUGAACUGCAAAUGACUGAAGGUGGGUAAGAGCACAGCUCCAGACAUAUACAGAGCUUGCAGUGUGUGGGAUGUUUGAAUGCUGUAGACUCCUGUGAACUCCAAAUUCACAAGGGCUAAAUUUUUCCAGCCAAGUCUUCCUGGGCUUACACUGUAGUUAGUGGAGAGACAGAGAUUUCUCCAGGAAGUGAUUCAGUGCAGGUGUCUUAAUGGAAGAACUCUGAAUUGCUCUCUGGAGUCACUGUUUCUCUCUUAUUCCUUCAAUUUACCCAGAACUUAAAGAACCAGCCAUGGUGCUUGAUUCUACUAAGGUAAAAUGAGUUUUUGUGAUAAAAGAGCAGUCCAUUCCUUACUAUGCAAUGGAUAAAAAGAGGGAGGACAAACUUGGGAUUAUCCAGAGGAAAAAUAAUAAAAAGAAGAACUUCUAAUAUGCAGGAAAAGAAAAUCAUGGUAGAACAGGCAUCACAGACUACUCCUCUUCUUGUCUGGCUCAGCUGCUCUGGUUGAACAUAUUGAAUUUGCAUCUAAUGUGGGUUGAUAUCUGCCAUCAUGCAGAAAGAGAUUCCUGAACUUGCUCCACAUGUGGUCUAGCCAGAGGUGAAGACCAGCUUCCCAGAGGGAAAAUUUUAAUAUGUUUAAGCCAUAUCACUAUCCCAAUAUUUGCCUUUCUAAUACAGAGCAGAAUUAAUAGAAUUAAUAAUUAUAUAUAUUUUUAAUGAUGAAAUUAUUUCUAUUAGUAUUUCCUUUUUAAGCCAAUGGAAAAUAUUAUGAAGGUAUUUUGGUUUGAUGGGACAGAUAAAAUGUAACCAUUGGCUUUUGUCUAUGUCUAUUAUGUUUUACUAUAAUAAAGCAUUUU